CCACAGUGGGGUACCUUCGCAAAAUAAUACAGACUCGGCUCACGUCGUUGGGGAUAAGCGAUCGAGAGUCGAGUUCGCUAUGGUGUAAAAGGAGGUAGAUCCGAUAAGCAGACCGCGUAUGGACCAUGAUGGGUAUCAGUGAUUAUUCGGAAUAGAUUUGUUUUUUCCGACUUUUCAGGUGUAUCCUAUUGUUCUGCAAACGGCAAGAAAGGCAUCGAUAGCUGGAGUGUUCGGACUUUAAACGGAGUCGACCAUAUUAUGUGCGUUUGCACUCAUGUUAAAUUCGAUAACAUCAGCCCUGCUAUCGCGGUUCAUGAUCAGCCUUUUCCUGCUACCCUGGCGCAUUCCCGUCGUACUAACAAUGUUAAAUCAAACACAAGUAGGGACUCGCAAUAAAAACACAUACACAGAUGCUAGAUGUAUACAUCCAUCUCCGCGCAUCAACUUACAACACUGCCCGUGCUGUGUUCGUGUCAUCAUAAAAUUCAUACAUGAAUCACGAGUCACAGGUAAAAUGAAAGUAUCAACAGAUGAAGAGUGCGCUGGCGUCUACCACGCUAUUGAUUUUGUAGGGGGGAAUGAUCUAUCUCAGCUGCCAUCAGAUUAUCCUCCGAACUUUCACAGCAUCCUUCGUCGAAACAAGAUUAUCGGAAAGGAAUAAGAAUUAUGAACAACAGCGCUGGGGCUUACAUCCAGUGCUAAGACCAGAAAAUCAAGGACUAAGAUGUGAUUCUAUCGACACUGAGUAAGGUUGGUGAUUG